CCGCCUUUUUCCAACAGGUGUUUCGGUCAGUCAACAAAUGCUGUUGAUUGGACUCCCCAGAAUCACACAUGAAAACACUCUGAGAUGAAGGUUCAGUUUCUAAUCUUAGAAUUUACCACAAACUUGUAAUCGUCGACCAAAAGUUCCGGUUAUGGUUCAUUGUUCACUUAUUGUCACGUUGUCAUUUAUGUUGAUAACAACACCAACGGUUGGUGCUUUAACUCAGCCCCGCCAGGCCAUGAAAGAAGUCUCCCGGAGAGAAACGCCACUCUUACCUCCACCCUACCUGCACCUCCCAGUGUCUGUGGACUCACGGCUGCCGCUCGUGGAGAAGGAGCAUUUCUCCCCAGUCAGGGGAACCGGGAAGGAACCUUUACCUGAGCCCGUUCGUGAGGUCCUGCUCCCGGUCCGACCAAAAACCAGUCCGCCAAACGUCUCGGGUGAUUCCGUGAGAACCUCGUGCCUGCAGAACAAGAUGCUCGUGCAGGUGGAGAGGAGCGUUUUUGGCACCGAUAAUAAACUACAGUCUCAUGUCAAACUAGGGACGUGCCGAGCCAGUACAUCUACACGGGAUUACAUUAACUUUGAAUACGACCUCGACAUGUGUGGAACCAAACAAAUGAUCAUCAAUAACCAGUUGGCUUAUUCAAACACUCUACAAUAUGACCCACCGAAGCUCCAAAGACCCAUCAGACGUUCUGCGCCCUUCAGCCUUCCUGUUUUAUGUUAUUAUAACAGGUACCAGUACUCCUACAAAAUUGGCUACAAACCAAAGAUGCGGAUGAGCAAGAUCUUCAAACCAAUGAAGAAUCAAGCAAAGUUCAUUCUAACUCCACGAAAUGCUCAGUGGGAAAGGCUUUUACCGUCAGACCAGUAUGUGCUCGGCAAGCCCAUGUACUUUGAGGCGGAGGCUCCAUCCAUGUCCCAAAACAAAAGACUGUAUGUCCACCAGUGUUACGCCACACCUGAGAAGUCCCACACCUCCACGCCACGCUUUGACGUUGUGAGAAACUUUGGGUGUAUGGUUGAAAGUAAAGAGAGUCGCUCCAGAUUCAUCCCCUACAAGAGCAGUGCUGCCAGAUUUUCUGUGGACGCGUUCUUAUUCAAAGGAAUGACAGGCCAGCAGCUCUACAUGCACUGCAGCCUGUCUGUGGGCAGCUCCACUCCCACACCAACAGCAAAGUCCUGCAACUACGACACAAAAGCAAGGAGGUGGGUUGAACUGUAUGGAAAGGCCUCAGUGUGCGCCUGCUGCGACUCCAUCUGUAACUCUGCUGCAUCAACAGUGACUAAGAUAGUCAGCAGCAGGCCAUGGACAAUAGGGCAAAAAGUGAAACCCACCGCAGCUCCAAAGAGGAAGAGGGUGUCAACCACAACAUCGACAACAACAUCAACAACCGAAACGGCAAUGACCAGAGAGGUGACCAAAAUGAAGACGACUCUACAACCUGAAGCAAUAGAAGUGACUAAAACGGGUAAGGUGGAGAACACGGUGAAGGAGUUGGAAUGGCCGUUUGGAGGUGAAGGAGUGCUGUGGGUUGAGUUGGAGGAGGAAAAGGAGAAGGAGGUGAAGGGCUCUGCAGUUGUUGAGGAGGAGGAAGAGGAAGAGGAAGAGGAGGAGGUCACACGACCUCGUACAAUAUUUGAAGAAAUCUUUGGUUUUGACAAAUAAAACUGAAAUUGAACCUUGGUAAGUUCA